AUGGCGAAUUUGCAUGUUCGAUCAAACAGUUUGCCAUCAAAAUCUCAUCCCGUAGCCACUGAUGUUGAAGAUCAGUUGUGCAGGUUGAGGUCCUCUGAAGGAACAUCAACUUCAGCCACUUCCGUGACUGCAACCUUGGCUAGCCUCAGAGAUGUGCAUGAAGGAUCCGUUCAAGAUCUUCAGUCCUCCAUCAGGCGGAACAGAGGUGAAAUUGCCACGCCAGGUGACAUGACAUGUUAUAUGACCUCAAGAAAGAAUAUUAACAAAAUGGUCAACAAGUUCAUCAAGAAUUCCAAGGUCUUCAACAAAAAUCCCACAGCCUUCUCCAAUGAAGACUCUGACCUCAAGGCCAUUGUGACAAUGCUAAAAGAGACAGAGGCUUUUGAUGUCUCAGUCCUGAAGUCUGUCCUGAUACUUGUGUCUGGGGAGAGGGGAAGCUCAAAGAAAAGAAGUUGGUCAUUGCUUUCCAAGUUCACACGAACCAACCGUGUACACUCUGAGGUAGAACAAGAGCGUGGCGCUGAUUACUUGUGCUCAUUGGACCUCCAGAAGUCAGGGAAAGAUUUGCAAAAUGUCUUGGAGCUGUUGAAAGCAUCAGAAAUGGCUAUCCAGGAACUUGAAGAGGAACUCGAAGCAUUUUUCAGGAGUUUAGUGAAAACUAGAGUUUCCCUUCUUAAUGCCAUUAACCACUAG